CUGACCCCGGACCCUCGGGCAGUGCCCAAGUUUCCAAAUGGUCAGUCCGCCCCUGUACACAACAAUUACCAGCAAUGAAUAUAAUAUUGUUUAUUACAUGACCUAUAUACAUAAAAUAGUGAUACAUAAAAUAUAAUAUGCAUCAUUCUGGUUUCAUUACCUCAUUAGGCCAAUCUACUUUUAACAUCUGGAUUUUUCAUUCGUUGUAUCUUAACCAUUUCAAUACCGGGCAAUUUUACACCUUCCUGCCCAGGCCAUUUUUCAGGUUUCAGCGCUCUCACACUUUGAAUGACAAUUGCGCGGUC